GGUCACUUUAACGACGCCAUAUUCACAGCUUGCAUGAAAAUUUUUGUUUUGGAGUGGGUGAUAAAAGUAUUUUAAUUAAAACUAAAGCAUAAAUAAUAUAUAAAACAGCAUAAAGUGCGUGAGUGAACAUAAAUUGAGAUUAUGGCACUACAAACAUAUGGCGAUAAGCCAGUGGCAUUCCAACUAGAAGAAGGCGGGGAGUAUUACUAUGUCGGCUCGGAGGUGGGAAAUUAUAUGCGACACUUCCGUGGUAUACUCUACAAAAAGUAUCCGGGCAUGACACGCAUUGUCCUUUCUAAUGAGGAACGCAAGCGCUUGGCUGACUCUGGACUUAGUUCACAUAUACUGGCAAGCUCAGUAUCGCUGUUGCGUGCUGUUGAAGUCGAUGACAUUAUGGCCGGCAACGAUGAGAAAUAUCGUGCUGUAUCAGUAAAUACUUCGGAUACACCAGCUCCCCGCGAAAGCAAGUCAAAGAAACAGCCACAGUAUGUUCCAACCAUGCCUAAUUCGAGUCAUCUGGACGCAGUACCGCAGGCUACACCUAUUAAUCGCAAUCGUGUUCAUACCAAAAAGGUGCGCACAUUUCCCAUGUGCUUUGACGACACCGAUCCCACGGCGAGUCUAGAAAAUGCGGCACAGAAAGAAUGCCUGGUGCCCAUACGCUUGGACAUGGAAUUAGAGGGGCAGAAGUUGCGUGAUACUUUCACUUGGAACAAAAACGAAAGUAUGAUAACACCAGAGCAAUUCGCUGAAGUGCUGUGCGAUGACUUGGACUUAAAUCCCAUACCCUUUGUCCCGGCUAUUGCUCAGGCCAUACGCCAGCAGAUUGAAGCAUUUCCCAAUGAUCCUGCUAUAUUAGAGGAGAGCUGCGAUCAGCGUGUCAUAGUCAAACUCAAUAUACAUGUGGGCAACACAUCACUUGUCGAUCAGGUUGAGUGGGAUAUGUCUGAGAAGAACAACAAUCCCGAGGAAUUUGCCAUCAAGUUGUGCGCCGAACUUGGACUCGGCGGUGAAUUUGUCACAGCGAUUGCAUAUAGCAUACGUGGCCAAUUAUCCUGGCAUUGUCGCACCUAUGCAUUUAGUGAGGCGCCAUUAUCCACCAUUGAUGUACCAUUCCGCAAUCCAAGUGAUGCGGACGCAUGGGCACCAUUCCUAGAGACGCUAACCGAUGCUGAAAUGGAGAAGAAAAUACGUGACCAAGACCGAAAUACGCGACGCAUGCGACGCCUGGCCAACACAACAACUGGCUGGUAAAAGUUGCGGAUCGUUCCUCUACUCUCAUUAGCCCAUACCACAAAGAGCUGGAAAACAGCUUAUUGCGUCUCUUAUAAUUGCGAUACCUUUUCAAUAGGAAGUGAUCGUGUGUAAGCUGCGAUCAACUUAGUCCAGUUUCGCUUAGCAAUAUAAUUAUUAAAUAUAUAUAUGUGUCUAUUUUAAAGCCCAA